AUGCCGUCAAGAGUGGAAAAAGGGGCCAAGACGGUGCCCGGGUCGUCUUCUGUGGCUAGGAGAACAAGUGGUGGAAAUACUAGUUCGAGAGGCGGCUCCUCGUCGCGCGGAGGUAGAGGGGGGGUAACAAAGUCGAAAGCCAGAGAAUCACGAACAUCAGAUAUACAGCCUGGUGAUCCUCUACCUGCCAAGCGGAAACAUCGCUAUCACCCCGGAACCGUUGCGCUAAAGGAAAUCCGACGAUAUCAGAAAUCAUGGGAUCUCCUACUUCUUAAACUACCCUUCGCUCGUCUAGUGCGUGAAAUUGCUAUGGACCUGCUACCAUCAGAAGUUGGUCAAGAGCUGCGGUGGCAGUCGCAAGCAAUACAGGCUCUACAAGAAGCUGCCGAGGCCUUUCUAAUUCAUCUGUUCGAGGACACAAACCUCUGCGCCAUCCACGCCAAACGAGUCACCAUCAUGCAAAAGGACAUACAGCUAGCUCGAAGGAUAAGAGGCGCAUGGGGUGGACUGGGCUGA